CUAGUCCUAAAUGUUCUGUAGCAUGACUCUCACAAAGUCUUUUUAGGUCACGACUUUUCCCUCGGGGACGAUAUUUCAGUAAGCCUUAAAACUGGCAGCGCAUAGCAGACCUAUACGAUCCAGUUUGCAGUAUGCACACACGCAGGCUGACACAGUUUCUCUGCCUCACUGCAUCGUGCAGCUGUAGCGGUUGUUAGGGGAACUUGUAGCCAGCAGGUGGUACUCUACUGUCGGCUUUGUCCGACUGUUGAACACGAGUAGCCGGCUGGGUGAGAACAACAGAUCUCUGACCACCAGGCAGGACGAGGUCAUAACAAAGAGAUAAAGGAAAUAUAAAGCGUCGGCUUCUUUUUCUCGGAUGCUGGACACACACUGGACAGCGCUCACUUCAGUCCCCGAGGUCAGCAGAGCAGCCUCCACCGGGCUGUGACUCUCCGGGCUCCGCACAGGUGAUCGUUGGUAAGGACAGCACCGCACCGGACCGGACCGGACCCGGGCGGACUCUUUAGAGGCUGCUUGCAGCAGGCUGUCUCGGCACCUUGCAGUGUCACCUCCCCACCUGGAGAGUUUAACCAUCAGGAGUAAAGCAUCUGUACGCUCCGACAGGAAGACAAGGGAGGAGAGCAACAGCAGCUACAGCGCCGAGUAACAGUUCAAACUCACAAAGGGUUCACACCGACAUGGGAAGAAGAGCUACAGUCAUCUUGUAAGAUGUAUCCUCACCACAGAGAAAGGGAGCAGCCAAUCUUUAGCGCUCGUGCCCAUGUUUUCCAGAUCGACCCCGCCACCAAGAGGAACUGGAUCCCAGCCAGCAAACAUGCCGUCACUGUGUCCUUUUUCUAUGAUGCUAAUCGUAAUGUGUACCGCAUCAUCAGUGUCGGUGGGACGAAGGUGAGGGCGAUCAUCAACUGCAGUGUUACACCCAGCAUGACGUUUACCAAGACGUCUCAGAAGUUUGGACAGUGGGCAGACAGUAGAGCCAACACUGUGUAUGGUCUUGGUUUUGCUACAGAGCAACAGCUGCAUCAGUUUGCAGAGAAGUUUAAGGAGGUGAAAGAUGCUGCUCGCCUGGCAAGAGAAAAGUCGCAGGAUAAAGAACUGGCCAACACAGCGCUAACCAUAGCUGCUCCUCAGGACCUCUCGGAUGAACUCCAGUCUCCACCUGUGAUGUGUGUGAACGGACCAGAAGAUAAGCUGUUCCGCAGCCAGAGCGCCGACAUCACGCUUUCCUCUGAGAAGGAGCGCAUUAAAAAGAUGCUCUCUGAAGGAUCUAUUUGUGAGAUGAACCUGGAGGCAGAGCUCUUCACUCUGCAGGACAGUAACUCCAAACUGGUGGCAGCUCUGCAUGAGGCUAACGCUAACGUGGAGCAGUGGAAGAAACAGCUGACAGCCUAUCAGGAGGAGACGGAGAGACUCCGAGACCAGGUGGCUGAAUUAGAGGCCCAUGGAGGCCACGGCCCUAGUGACCUUCUGAAGGAUGAGCUGACUCAGUCCCUGGAGGAGUUGGAGUCCCUGCUGAAGGCCAAAGAUGAGGAAAUCCAUAUUUUGCAGAACAAGAAAGCAGAGUACCACGACAUGGAGCACGAUAGAGAUGAGGCCAUCCGCAGAUUACGGGAGAUGGAGAUGCGUAACUCAGAGUUGGAGCGCCGAAUCCAGAACUCAGAGCAGAACCUGAAUAACUCUUUGGAGGACCGGGAUCGCAUGGACUCUGAAAUCCAGAGGGCCAUUGAAAUUCUGGACAUCAAGAUCUUUGACCUCAAUGACCUCCGCCAGAGUCUGGUCAAACUCAUAGAUAAAUAAGACACAUGGAGGAAACCUGACUCAAGAGACAGAGACAUACUGAUGACAGGGUUAGUCAAGAUGGUGCUGGUCCCUGUCCUCUUCAAGCACAAGAGCCACCUCUGCAGGCUGUGGGAAGGUGUCCCACUGUGCUGUUCUCAGCAAGGUGUUGGCAUAAGCAGCAUACACAUGCUUGUCCAGUCUAAUGUAACGCUUCAUGAUGCUUUAAAGGGUAAUGUUCAAUGCAAUAAACCAACUCUAAGGUAAGUGCUUCACAGUGCUAGGCAGUAGUAAGGGUGCUUGUAGUAUUUCAUAGGUAUGACUUUUGUACACAAAAUAACAAUGCAGAGUCAAUAUUACUGAUAAGAGGCCUUGUUUAUUUUUUAUUCAACCGACAGGUACACAUCAUUACAACAAAAUGAGUCAAAGCUAACAGGAAUAUUAACAAAAUAUUCAGAGAACAGUGAAACAAAUAAAACUCUGCACAAGACAAACUUACAGCCUGCAUACAAUCACUUUGAAAAAGCUAUAAUUAUAAAUUUAACACAAACAGUGUUUCAUAGUUCACUCCGGCAUGGACAUGGCUUAAAACAUAAGAUCUGAGUAUUUACAAUAAUAUUAGAAAAAUAUAUAAAAAAGUGUUGAGUCAUUAAUAAUGCCCUCAUCACAUCUGUACUAACACUAGUAGGAAACAUUUAAAUUAAGAUAAGUUGCUGUAACCUGUAUGUAAACCUACGUAGAUAAGAUACAUCAAGUAAUGACACUUAGAAUAAAUAAGUCUUUUGACAUGACAUAGAUAAGUAAUGUUCAAAGUUAUGAAGUGAAUAAGUCAUCACUUAGUGUUACAGAUAAGUUGUAUUGAAGUCUUGGUGAUCACCACUGAUUUAAGAACUUACGAUUCAUUUAAGGAAGUCACACAUUUCUGCCUUCUGUCAUUUCUCAGCACGUUACCUUUAGCUGUGGACAAUAUGCCAAACGCCUUCAGAACCUGUUACCAUGCUGACUGUAUUAUUUAAAGGAGUAUAUGACGCUGUAUUUAUUUAUGUUCCGAGCCUUAUUGUUGAGCCUUGGUUGUUGAUCUUCGUGUCAGCUCUGUGUCAAAAAAAAUCUUUGAGCUGUCGUCACAAUUGGUUGGAAAUAAAAACAAAUGCAGUCACUCA